UCGCGCGUGCGCAGCUGGUAACGGACCCGGAAGCGAAGAUCGUGGAGGGAAGGUCAUAGUGCGGCGCGUUGUUUCUUGUUUUUCGUGUAAAUUUGCGCUUCAUAGCUGCGCGCCCAACCUUCCCUCGGGGUGUGGGAGUCACUAGGGACCUGAAAAUCACCGCACCUACCCCUCCGUGCCGCGAUUGACCUUGAAAGACUCACCUCUGAGGAAGAAAUCCAGAGGAGGCAGAAGAAGAAAGAAAAGAGCUCAAGAAUGGCUGUUUCUCAGGGACAUUUGACCUUCAAGGAUGUGGCCGUCGAAUUCUCUCAGGAGGAGUGGGAAUGCCUGGACCCUGCUCAGAGGGCCCUGUACAGGAAUGUGAUGCUGGAGACCUACAGGAACCUGCUCUCUGUGGGUGAGGAUCACUUCCCUCUAGAAGUUGGGAUCUGCCCUGGGGUAUCUCUGCAUUUUCCCUCUGUGCCUCUUGGGAGCCCCUGUUUUACUUGACUGAGCUCAAAGCCUUGACUCAGACAUGCAAAGCUUCAUGAUUGGCAUCAGGAGUUUAACCGUUUCUUCAGAAAUCUGCACAUUUCAUGAUACACUAGGAGUUGUUCCAGAGCUUAAAUAUUUACAAAGUCCAAUGGCAAACUUGUGAAAUACUGAAUUCCCUGUUUUCUCCCCCUCUGCUUUUGAUUCAGUACUUCUAGGAAGAGAGCUCCAGACCUGCAUAUUACACUGUUCCCUCUGCAUUCAGAUCCUUCUAGGAGGCAGUAGAUGAACGUGUAAAGUAUUUUCCCAGACCCCCACCUUGUAAUGUCCUCACUCCUCAGCUGAGCGAGGAGCUGGGAGUUCCUUUCUUUUCUUCUAAAUUCUUUCUUUAUUUUUGGCUGCACUAGGUCUUGACUGCUUUGCUCGGGCUUUCUCUAGUUGUCGCGAGCAGGGGCUACUCUUCGUUGUGCUGUGCAGGUUUCUCAAUGAAAUGGCUUCUCUCUCUCUUUCUCUUUUUCUCCCCCCUUAAGGGGAAGUUUAUUUCCCAGUCAGAAAAGGAGAAGCAAGGACAGGACCCUGUGCAUUCUAGGCCCGGGCCUCACUGACAAGUGGGGUGCGGGCAGAGGGGGCAGCUCCAGCGGUGCAAGCUUGGUCCCACGGUUGUCCUGGGUGGUCCAGGGAGGGCCCCCUGGGGAUGGUGGCACCGAGCCUGGGCAGAGGCAGCAGGCCAGCGGGCCCAGAGGAUGGCAUACAUGGAGGCAAUAAAUACUGACAGGCCAGGCACAGGACUCCAGGCCGGCAGGCCAGGAGGGAGAGCUAAGGCUCGGCCACUGGCUUUGUCUGCCGAGAGCUCUCUCUCGGGGACCAUGGGCUCUAGGCACUGCCUACUGGGACAGAGAAGCCAGAGGCAUGAGGACACCCAGACUCCCAGAUGGGAAGGAGGCCGCUUUGAGUCUUGGCAGUUUGACUUUCCCAAGCCCCCAGAGCCAUCCCUGCGGGCCCGGGCAGACUGGGGACCAGCACAUCCCCAGAAAGAAAUGGCUUCUCUUAUUGCAAAGCACAGGCUCUAGGGCAAGUGGGCUUCAGUAGUGGCGGCUCAUGGGCUCUAGAUCUCAGGUUCGAUAGUUGUGGCGCAAGGGCACAGUUGCUCCAAGGAAUGUAGGAUCUUCCUGAACCUGGGAUUGAACCUGUGUCCCCUGCAUCGGCAGGCAGAUUCUUAUCCACUGCACCACCUAGGGAAGGCUGUUCUUUUCUUUUUAUAAGUAAGAAUUUCUGUUUCUGAAAGUUAUCUCCAUCUUAGAGCAAGGGAAAGAACUCUAGAUUCUAGAGAAUGAAGUGAAAAUAGAAAAAAAAAAAAAGUAAACAAAUGGGAAUGUAUCAAAGGUGCCAACACAGGUCAGAAGGGCAGUGAGGAAACCGCACCAUUAAUAGUGUUUGGGAAACUCUCCCCAAAUGGGAGAUGUCUAUGGGAAAACAGAAGGUUAUUUCUUGUGAAUUUUCAGAGAAAAAUUUUCUCCUCCCUGACUUGUUGUUCUGUCCUGCAAUGUGUAAAGUUUAUCUUUUCACACUCCAGUUGUGCUACAACAGCUCCCACACAGACCAGGGCAGUGUUUAUCACCAUCUACACCCCAUCAUCUGGCUCCUGAGAAUUCUUUGCUUCCUUGACUGAGGAGAAUGGGAUAGUCUUUUUCUGUUGGUCUCCCUUUCUUGAUUCCAUCAGAUGCAUUGGCAGAUGGGUUCUUUUACCACUAGUGCCACCUUGGAAGCCCAGAAUUGCUCAUGGUAUACUCUUAUAAUCCUUCUGAUUUCUGUAGAAUCAGUUGUGAUCAGCUGUAAUAUUCCCUCUUUCAUUUCCGACUUUAGCUAUUUGAGUCUUCUGAUUUUUUUCUUAAUCUUGCUGAGUGUAAAUUUUGUCUUUCUUUUCAAAGAACCAACUUUGAAUUUUGUGCUUGUAGUUUUUUUAUUCUCUAAAUCCUUUAAUCUUUUUCUUCCUUCUCUGUUUUGUUCUUCUAAGAUCUUUUUUCCCCAAUCUUUUCUUCCUUUCUCUCUCUCUUUCUUGUUUGUUUUAAAUUUGUUAUUCACAUGGUCAACCAGGAUCUCUUUUGUGCAUUCCUUUGUAUUUUCCUUUUUCCCAGAUUUAUUGACAUGUAAUCCACAUGUGGACACAAACCAUAGCAUGAGUUCUGAUGGGUCAGCUGGUAAAGAAUCCACCUGCAAUGCAGGAGACCCCAGUUCAAUUCCUGGAUUGGAAAGAUCCGCUGGAGAAGGGAUAGGCUAUCCACUCCAGUAUUCUUGGGCUUCACUUGUGGC